CGAUGACAUGCAGUGGCCCAACGGUGAGAUGGAGAUACCCAGCUCGGUCUGCAGUCUGCCCUGUAAAACGGGUCAACGCAAGAAGAUGGUGAAAGGCAUGCCGUGCUGCUGGCACUGCGAGCCCUGCGACGGCUACCAGUACCAGUACGACGAGACUUCCUGCAAGCUGUGCUCGUACAACAUGCGUCCCAACCCCAACCGGACGGCCUGCCAGCCCAUCCCGAUCGUCAAGCUGGAGUGGCAUUCUCCCUGGUCCAUCAUUCCCGUCUUCCUGGCAAUGCUCGGCAUCAUCGCCACCAUCUUCGUCAUGGCGACGUUCAUCCGCUACAACGACACCCCGAUCGUAAGAGCGUCCGGGAGGGAGCUUAGCUACGUUCUGCUGACCGGGAUAUUCCUGUGUUACAUCAUCACCUUUGUAAUGAUCGCCACGCCGGAUGUGGCCGUUUGCUCCUUUAGACGGAUCUUCCUUGGGUUGGGAAUGUGUAUCAGCUACGCCGCUCUGCUCACUAAGACCAAUCGAAUUUACCGGAUCUUCGAGGAAGGGAAGAGGUCGGUUACUCCGCCUAAACUGAUCAGCCCGACGUCCCAGUUAGCGAUCACGUCUAGCCUCAUCUCCUUCCAGCUCUUAGGGGUCCUCAUAUGGUUCGGAGUGGAUCCCCCGAACACCAUAGUCGAUUACGACGAGCAGAAGACCAUAAACCCCGACAAGGCCCGAGGGGUUCUCAAGUGUGACAUUACAGACCUACAAAUCAUUUGCUCUCUCGGAUACAGCAUCUUGCUGAUGGUAACAUGUACGGUAUAUGCCAUCAAGACGCGAGGCGUUCCGGAAAACUUCAACGAAGCCAAACCCAUCGGCUUUACCAUGUACACCACUUGCAUCGUGUGGCUCGCCUUCAUUCCCAUUUUCUUUGGGACGGCGCAAUCUGCAGAAAAGCUCUACAUCCAGACCACCACGCUGACCAUCUCCAUGAAUCUGAGCGCGUCCGUGGCUCUGGGAAUGCUCUACAUGCCCAAGGUCUACGUCAUCAUCUUCCACCCGGAGCUCAACGUGCAGAAGCGGAAGCGGAGCUUCAAGGCCGUGGUGACGGCGGCCACCAUGUCCUCGCGUCUAUCGCACAAACCCAGCGACCGGCCAAACGGCGAGGCCAAAACCGAACUGUGUGAAAAUGUGGAUCCCAACAGUCCUGCCGCUAAGAAGAAAUACGUGAGUUACAAUGACCUUGUGAUCUGAGGGCCUCCAUCACAGGGGGAAGGUGAUCGAUGGCAGUUCCUGGGUUCUCUCGGCUCUUUGGCACAAAAGUAAAGCGGGAAAAAGGCUUUCGGUGUACCUCCCUUUCCAUCCUUCUUUUGUCCGAGGGCCAGGACAGUGACUGGGCCCUCAGCUAAACCAACGACAGAGGAUCUCAGUUGAUUUUCGACACCUUUAAGUAAAAUAAAAAGGCAAAACCACCCCUCACCCCCCACCCAAAAAAAGAAAAAAAAAUCACAAAAAUAAAUUGACAUCUGCAAAAAAAAAGAAAAAAACACAGUAGCAGAAAUCAACGGAUUGUACAACCGGAGGAAAUAUACAUUUUAGUUGUUUUUUGUUUUCUUCUGAUGGAGGUGUAACAGUGGCACAACACGACUGACCUCCUGUCAGUCAACGAUUGAGGUUGCACUUGCCGUGAUGGACCUUCGACAAGGCGUUUGUUCUGAUGAUCCAUCACAGACUUUCUUCAGGGCGCUGAUGAAUCGACAUGGCUUUGGAAUGCUGGGCCGAGAGGUCCUCCUCAUCUUUACAUGUACUUCCAAACUGCAAGUUUUUUUGGGAUUUUUCCGUGCAAAUUUGUGUGGUUCUUUCAGCAUUUCCGUUUUCCUUCGCUGUCGGGAUUUUUACGUUUUGCCUUUCUGGAUGCACAUUGUAUUAAAGCCAUAUUCUUCUCUAUGAGAUCUCAUUUUUUUGGGAAUAUUUUCUGUUUUACGGUCUUUAUUUUGAGGGAUACCAUUCGAUUUCCCCCUUUAACAUGAUCAAUGUGACCGUAUGCCUCACAUUUUUCUACAUUCCCACCAUGUUUGUAAGGGUUCGUAGACCAUCGACUGUGUUGUUAGUGACUUUGAGAGAUGUUGCAUUGGUUUUACAGUAACUAAACCCUGGUGACCGAUGGUGUUUCAUGGAAUUCUUUUUUAAAGAAAGUGUUCACGUAGCAGUUGUCAAUGCAUGCUUGAUAUGUUUGAUGUUGAAGUAAAUGAAAAACUCACCACAGUUUUCUCACACUGGCCUGUUUACAGAUAAUUUUAAAGCCUUUAUUGAUUUCUCUCUUUUUUUCCUUAAGUACUAUCUCAUGAAUUUCUCAGACAUUCACUCACUCAAGGCAGAAUAUGGCUUUAAUUUGUCUUGGAAUUUUUAACUGCCCCAGAACUUAUGGAGAAAAAUUGUGCAAAAGAUAUCAAUAUAUAUUUAAAAAAAAUAUAUGAAAAAAAAUAAAAAGCAUGUAUGUUUUAUACUGUUUGUACUAAGUAUUCAUGUUGCCCUUGCUGCUUAUGUGCUGAUAUUGUGGAAGACUUUUAUGUUUGGCCACUCAUGCAACUAUACUGUGGUGUUGUCCAAGAAUGUACCAACAUGAAAUAAAACCAUUUGGUUAUUUUUUAUUA